GUGGCUCGCCGCGCCCCUUUCCUUCUCAGUUGCCCCCAGCCAUUGCCGGGGCGGCUUCCUGCUUGCUCGCCUCCCCUCCUUCCGUUGCUGGCUUUGCAGAGCCUUCCUGAGGGCGCAGUUUUCGAGGCAGCGGUGGCGGCAACAGCAUUCUUUUUCCUCUUCCCCUCACACACACACACACAGACCCUUCCCUCCACAACUCGCUUCGGUCGCCAUGAAUCCCAGCUGCGCCCGCUGCGGCAAGAUCGUCUACCCAACCGAGAAGGUGAACUGCCUCGACAAGUACUGGCAUAAAGCAUGUUUCCAUUGCGAAGUCUGCAAGAUGACCCUCAACAUGAAAAACUACAAGGGCUAUGAGAAGAAGCCAUACUGCAAUGCACAUUAUCCAAAGCAGUCCUUCACCAUGGUGGCAGACACUCCAGAGAACCUGCGCCUUAAGCAGCAGAGUGAACUUCAGAGUCAAGUCCGCUAUAAGGAGGAAUUUGAAAAGAAUAAAGGGAAGGGAUUCAGUGUGGUGGCUGACACACCUGAAUUGCAGCGAAUCAAGAAAACUCAAGAUCAAAUCAGCAAUAUAAAGUACCAUGAAGAAUUUGAGAAGAGUAAGAUGGGUGCUCCUGGAGGGGAGGGAGGUGAGCUGGAGCGCCGUAAUUCCCAAGAAGGUGCCAAUUACAGGAGACCAGUUGAGCAACCACCACCAUCACAUCAGCAACCUCAUCAUGCCCAGCCAAGUAACCCUGUUUACCAUCAGCAGCCAUCACAACAACCAGCCUCUCAGUCCUACGGCUAUAAGGAACCAGCAGCACCCGUCUCAAUACAGCGUAGUGCCCCAACUGGAGGAGGGAAACGGUUCCGUGCAGUCUACGAUUACAGUGCAGCCGAUGAAGAUGAGGUCUCCUUCCAGGAUGGUGACACCAUCAUCAAUGUGCAGCAAAUUGACGAUGGCUGGAUGUAUGGCACUGUUGAGCGGACCGGUGACACAGGCAUGCUUCCAGCUAACUAUGUGGAGGCCAUGUGAGCUCUGUUGCAGUGCCACCCUGAAAGCCAGCAGGGGAAGGGCUCUUGUGUGCUUCUUGUUCCAUUAUCACUUCUCUGCUGUCUCUUGUUACUCAUCAGUUAUUAUGUUCUGAAUCUUUGACAUGGUCAUCUUUUUUCUACCAACUUAGCCUUGUUUUGGAGACAUUUGAACUUGGGAGGGGUAUUAUGUGAGAUUUUUCACAAAUGCUAACUGCCCUUCCAUCCUUUCCCUCAGCCUUCAUGGAACAUAGCACUGUGCCCUUCUCCCUCUCCCUCUCCCUCUCCCUGGAGCUGUGUUUUUUGGAAUUGAUACUUAAUGAUACAAACCCUACUUCAACUGCUACAUGGACCAAGAAGUAGUGUAGGAAGGCCCAGAAGCAAGAGCUGUUGGUUUGGGUGGAGGGGAAGGAGAGGAAUGUCAUGCUUUCAGUAACUUGGGGAAAAUCUGAACAUUUUUAUUGAAAAAAUUUACCAGGAUCUCUGCAACAUUGACUCUUGCUCAUUCUAUCAAAUUUUCCUUUCCAUGAAGUUUAAAUAAUCCAUUUGAAAGAAAUCAAAGUAUUAUUUAAAAGCAGGAGAGCCUUUUGUGGAAUCAAAGGAGUGAGCAUAUGUGUAGUCUAUACAAGGGAUAUGGAAGCCACAGCAGUUUCUGGCAUAAAGGUACUAUACAGAUGGAGUAGUUUAGCAGGAUUGAUUAUAAUGCUAGCAUUGCCUCUUAGAUGCCAUGGCUCAGUCAGAGUGGAUUUCUACUUUGGUCUGAUAAGGGGCAUGAUUAGGCAAUAAUCAGAAGAAUGCUCAUCAAGAGUUUGCCCCUAAAACAUUUAACCUUCACAGCUCAAUUUUGAUGCUACCUUAUUUUGAGAGCAGAUGAGGGACAGCAUAUUCCAAAUGCUUCUGUCCAUUCUUGCUGCCUUCCCCUUAUCCCAAAAGUAGUCUCAGAGUUACCUUUUUUUUUUUUAGACUUCCCUAGGUAAAGCCUGCAUAUGGCCCCUUUUAAAGCCUGAGUAUCAGUUUUCUCCUCCUCUUUUCCAGACUCCUAAAUCCUGUUGGUAUUUAAUGUGUGGAAAUAGGCAGAUUUCUCAAGUUUCUCUGUAUCAGCCCUAGCAAGAAGAAUCACACUUUCUAUGGAGUUGCUAUCUUUGGGAAUACAUUCUUGUUUUCCGUAAGUUUCUAUUAAAAGUAGAUUGUUGGAGGUUUUUUUUACCUGAAUUCAAAUCUCCGUCAGCCAAUAGGCAGAUGAGGCAACAGCUUCCCCUUUCCUUUGUGUGCCAUUUGAGCCAAGCAAUGUUUACAGUCUUUCCUCUUUUCCACCGCUUCUCCCGGCUGAACCUGGCACUUGGGUGAAGUCAUCAAGGGAUCAGAGACCUUGCACUAGAGACAUUCCACUUUCUCCUUCUUUGAUGUCAAGCUGACAAUCUCUGUUGCUGGCUUGGGAUAGUAUCGUGGACCAAAAUCAAAUUCCUUACAGAAGUGUGCUGUCAAAAAUAGGGAACUAUUACAAAACUGGAAAUUUAUGGCGCUUGGAUAAUGUGAUGGAACCGCAAAGGUGAGAAGGGUUACUGAAAGUGUGAGAUUCUUACAUCAUUCAUUCACUGAGUAGAAAUUGCUUUCUCUUAUUUUUAAAGAUCUCCCAAGACUCCCCCCUAAAAGGGCAAAUCCUGUUCAGCAAAUGUAAAGCCUGUUCCUCUGUCACAUGGCAAAAAUUAGCCUGAGACAUGGCAUUUGUAACAUAUUUAAAUAUGCUACAAUUAUCUGAAAGUGGAAGUAAUAUGCAGGAAACAUUUGUUUAUCACUUUAUUUGGUAGCAAUCUCUGUUGUAACCAGGAUAAGUGAAACAGUUAUGAAUGGACUUUCAAUUUUGUAUUUUUUAAAGUGUCCUUCAAAGGCACAUUCACUGAAUUCCUUCUGGUUUGUUGUUGUUACCUCUCCACUGUAAAGGAUCAACAUGAUAAAUUCUUACUACUUUCAUAUUUCCUGCCAUUCCAGAGCUGUAUGAAUAUAUCUGCUUGAUCUUUGCUUUUUCCUCUUGCAUAGAGGCCGCAUGUAAAGGGCUGACAUUCUCUCUAUUAUUUCCACUGUUUCUGCAACUUUUUAUUCUUAACUGAAUACUCUUUCUUUGCACUACAAAGCGUAUACAGUUAAAAAUAAAAAGCACCCACUUAAUUUCUUUACAAGGGGUGCAUGCUCUGGUUUCAUUAAGUAAGAAGGAGAACUUUUUACCUCAGUGUGUAGUUCCUCCAAAGUAAAGGGAUGUUACAAUAUAUCAUUCUGGUCUUGCAUCUCUUUAUACUUAGCGUAUGUCUGCUAGUUUGAUUUGAGGUCCUUGCCCCAUCAUAACAUUAGGAAGCUCUUAUACAUUCUUCCAAUCAAUAUAGAAAUAGUGUUUAAAUGACCAAGUUAACCUUUUCAUCAUGUUGUAGAAGCACAAACAUCUUAGAAUCUUGUUUCUUAAAAACCCUAGUCUCUGUUUUUCCCUUAAAUGCUUGCACUAGUGAAAAAGGCGUUGAAGGAAGGCGUGUCUCUGUCUCCUCGUACCAUAGCAAAAUUCCAUGAGCUCUGUUGGAACUGCUAGAAAGGCCAGUGAGAAUGGCGGCAGGCUUUCCUGUAACAAGGCAACUUGUGGAGGGCAGGAGGUGUCUGGGGACCACUCACCCUUGAGGUGAGCUUUCAGAAGGUGCCAACAAGAGUGACUGAUGGGGGUGAGGUCACAUUCUUGGUGCUAAGAUGGAAGCACAAGCUUAGAAGCAGAUGUUUUUCUGACUGAUGAGAAUUAGGCAAAAUCGUGUGGACAAUCCUGGAGAGGAUCUCUUUUUGUGAGGAAGAUACAUAGUAACAUAAUGUGAAUAAAUAUUUUUAGAGGACCAAAUAAAGUUACAAUAAAAUAGCUCAUUUUAAAAAAAAAUCUCCUAGCUUUUUCAUCCUUUCCCUGGAAGAAAUGGUUUGUCAUUGCUUGAUUUAUUUUUUUCUGCCUUCUUUGACUUAUGCACUUUUACCUUUGAUUUUUUCCAAUAUCUGAAAAGCACCUAAAUCUGUAUUUAAAUAAAUAAAAUGGAAAGAAAAAGAAAGAAAACAGCUAAAUUGCAUCUCUGUAGCCAUUUUUAUUCACGUCAUGUCUCUUGUACAUCUUAGAUUUUCAAACUAGAUUUCAGUGUCUAAUAUUAAUGAUUUUAUUGGUUUGAGUAUAUUUGGGGUUUUUCAUUUGUUCUCUUUGUGUAUUUCUUCUUUGUGGGCUUGCACACCCUCUCAAAAUCAUUUGGCCUUUUUCAAUGGCACCAUAGAAUCAAAUGUAGUACCAGUUCUCUUCUGGUUUAUGCCAAUUUGAAAAUAAAAAUAUAAUUUGUA